CCCACAUCAGAGCAGCAGAGUGAACAACCCAUUCUGGGAUGAGACGUGCUUAUUCUCACUCUGUUCUUCACUGUUUGUCUUUGACAGCAACUCAUGGAUUAUCACCACAUUCUUGUACUGUGGAUGUGCACCCUGCAGCCAGAUCUUCAGCUCUGCUUCAAUUUUGAUACAAAGAACUACAAGAUCUUCCAUGGUUCUAUAGAGGCUCAGUUUGGAUACACAGUUCAGCAGCAUGAGGCAGGAGGGCGCCAAUGGUUGCUGGUCGGGGCUCCCUUUGAAUACACAGGACAACUGCAAACGGGUGAUGUUUAUAAAUGUCCACUGGAUAUCAAAAGCUCUUCAAACUGCAGCCGUCUUGACCUAGGAAAGCUUUCUCUGGACAAUGUGACAGAGAGGAAGGACAAAAUGAGACUAGGAAUGACACUGACCUCCAACUCCAAGGAUAGCAGCUUUGUGACUUGUGGUCCUCUCUGGUCUCAUGAAUGUGGAAGUUCUCUGUACAGCACUGGAAUCUGCACCAAAGCCAACCGGAACUUCAAACUCACCCAGAGUAUUGCACCGGCUCUACAGAGGUGUGAAACAUUUAUGGACAUUGUCAUUGUUCUGGAUGGGUCCAACUCCAUUUACCCUUGGUAUGAGGUGCAGAACUUUAUCAUGAACAUCUUGCAGAAGUUCUACAUUGGCCCAGGUCAGACACAGGUGGGAGUUAUUCAGUAUGGCUCCACAGUCGUCCAUGAGUUCAGUUUGGGUGAAUACCACACAGUGGAGGAUGUGCUGGAUGCUGCCAGAAACAUUGACCAACGAGGUGGAGAGGAGACCAGGACAGCACUAGGGAUCAGUGUGGCACGGUUGGAGGCAUUCCAGCGUGGUGGCAGGCCGGGAGCUCAGAAGGUGAUGAUUGUUAUCACAGAUGGUGAAUCACAUGACAGUCAUCAGCUGAUGGAAGUUGUCAAUCAAAGCAAGAAAGAAAACAUCACUAUGUAUGCUAUUGCAGUUCUGGGUUAUUACAAUCGCCGUGGAAUAAACCCUGAGGCAUUUCUUAAAGAAAUCAAGUUCAUUGCCAGUGAUCCUGAUGAGGAGCACUUCUUCAAAGUCACAGAUGAGUCUGCACUGAAGGAUAUUGUGGACGCUCUUGGAGAAAGAAUUUUCUCGUUGGAAGGCAUUAGCAGUCAGGGUAAGGGGUUUGGUCUGCAGAUGGCUCAAGCUGGUUUUUCUUCACAUGUAGUCAAUGAUGGUGUUCUGCUUGGAGCAGUGGGUGCCUAUGAUUGGAAUGGUGCAGUGCUAAAGGAAACUAAGCGUGGAAAAGUUGUUUCACCAAAAUCCUCUUACAAAGAUGAGUUUCCAGAAGCUCUGAAGAACCACGCUGCUUAUUUGGGCUAUUCGGUGGAUGCAGUUACUUCAUCUCGUGGCUCUCAGCUUUACAUAGCUGGAGCACCAAGGUUCAACCACACUGGCAAGGUCAUCAUAUUCACCUUGAAGAACAAUGGAAAUCUCACUAUCCUGCAGGCACUUCUGGGACAACAGAUUGGUUCAUAUUUUGGCAGUGGGCUGUUAUCAAUGGACAUUGAUGGAAAUGGCUACACUGACUUUCUUUUGGUUGCAGCACCUAUGUAUUACAAUCAAGGCUGGGAAAGAGGAAGGGUUUACAUAUACGCUCUAUCAUCUGAGGCAUUCUUCACAUUUCAUGGAGUACUUGAAGUACCCCACCAUUCUCAAAACUCUCGUCUGGGUUCAGCACUGGCACAAAUAGCUGACAUGAAUGGAGAUGGCUAUAAGGAGCUUGUGGUGGGAGCUCCUCUAGAAGAUCACCAUCAGGGAGCUAUUUAUAUAUUUCAUAGCCAGAACAAGAUGAUUGGACCAUACUACAAACAGCGUAUUUCUGCAGCUGGUUUUUCUGCAGGUUUGCUGUACUUUGGUCAAAGUCUUCAUGGAGUUUUGGAUGUCAAUGGAGAUGGGCUUGUUGAUUUGGCCGUGGGAGCUCUUGGAGCUGCCGUCAUCAUCUGGUCCCGUGGCGUAGUGCGAAUUGAAGCCAAAAUGACUUUUGAACCGGAGAAGAUCAACAUCUUUAAUAAGAACUGUCAGCGUGGUGGGAAGGAGGUCACUUGCAUGUCAGUUGUUGUCUGUCUGAGAUUGGACAGUAUGACAAAAAACAAGAAAGAUUACAGAAAGGAAGUUGCUGUUUGGUACAGUCUGGUUUUUGAUGAGAGGCGAUUUUCCCCCUGGGCAGUUCUUGAUGAAUCAUUCCGGCAGCAGCCCAGAACUCUUCUUCUACACACUGGCAAUCAGGAAUGUGAGCGCCUUGUCUUUUCUGUGCAGGACAUAACAGAUUACAGGUGGCCUAUAGUGGUUGCUGUUGAGGCAGGACUUCAGAGCCAGGUCAAGGGGCCGGUGUUGGAUCCAGACUGGCCAACCACCUUACGAACUGAGCUUCCAUUCUGGAAUGGAUGUGAGGAGGAUACCUGCACUCCUGACCUCGUCCUCCACAGUCACACUGACCUGUUAAAUGUUCUGCAGUUCUGCAGCACAAGGAAACAUGCCACCUCCUCACUCUGCAGCCAUCGAAAGGAGCCUGAAGAGAAAAUGUUUGUUGUUGAGACUGGACGGAGGAAGAUGAUUGUGUUUGCUGAGCUUCAGAACCAAGGAGAGAAUGCAUUCAGAACUUCACUCGACAUCUCCACAACCCCUAACCUUCUCUUCUCAAGUCUCUUAGUCAAGGACCAAUCAGAUAUCCAGAUUGAGUGUUCCACUGAGAACAGGACGGCCUCGCAGAGAAGCUGUAACAUCAGUGCUCCAUUCAUGAGGUCAUUGUCGCAGGUAACUUUUCAUCUGGAGUUGGAGUUCAGCCGUUCCAUCUUUCUUCAUUCGGCACAAGUCACCAUGGUAACAACUAGUGAGGGAGAGGAUGGAUACCCAGAUGACAACACCAAUAACAUCAUCCUCCCUUUAAAAUAUCAAGCUGACCUUCUCUUCACAAGAGACCCCGAUCCUCACCGUUUUGAGAUCAGAUCUGGGUUUUACUCUUCUUCCAGAGAAGAACCAGACACCGCCUUCCCGACCUUCAACCUCACGUUUAAUGUUCAGAACCUGGGAAUCUUCUUUGUAAAGGACAUCAUUUUAGAAGCUGAUAUCUGGGCUGUGACCAAGGAAGGCAACCAGCUGGUGGACAUUACAGAUUAUAGCAUCGAAGAGCAGGGAACUAAUUCCAGCUGCAUGAUACCUCUUAUUAAAACUACUUCUCUGAGUAAACCAGAGGAUCUGACUCAUCUGUCUCAGCUGAACUCCAGUAACAGUGUGAGCAUACCGCUUCACUGCAUGCUCAGCCUGUCACCCUCCAAGGCGCUGAAGCUCACAUUCAGAGGAAGACUUCAGCUACCAACUCUGCAGGCUAUGAGUUUCAGGUCCUUAGAGCUGCUGACUGUUACCACAAUACAGCUAGAGAAGACCAAUCCGAUGUUUCUUCAGGAGGAUGUCCUUGUUCGACAGACCAUCCUGGAUCUGAGAAAAGAGGGACCCAGCUCCAUCCCCAUCUGGAUCAUCCUGGGCAGCUCCCUGGGAGGCCUGCUGCUGCUCUGCUUAGUCAUUCUGGGCUUAUGGAAGCUUGGAUUCUUCAAAAGACGGAGAUGUCAGGAAGAGGAGGAGCAGCCCGUCACCAAUGGGAACGCAGAGAAGCAGCUAUAAGGCAGUUUGAUGAGUUUCAAUCUGCACUUCAAACCAAACUUUGACCUGUUACUGACAGACCUUGAUGUUCUGUUCAUCGCUGAAGAACGCUGCAAGCUGUUUCCAUCAAACUGAGGUGAAAUAAUUAAGAUUCUGCUUGCAGUUGAAGACAUAAAGUACUCAGUUCAUAUUGAGUAUAACUAUUCAUUUACCAGCACCUCAGCCAGUCAAUGGACAUAGUGAUGUAUAUUUCAUAAGACUGAUGCACUAUUCUCAUUUUGAGAGAAACUACUGCAGAGUUAGACAGAGGUAUGCAGGUUUCUUUAAAACAGCUUGCAUUAUACAUAUGUAGAGUCAGUGACAGAGCUCAAUAUACAAGACAUGUUCCUACUGAUCUAUAUGUAAAACAAACUAAAUUUACUCCUAAAUUAUGGUGACAGUCAACAUAUCAUGGAUAAUUUGGACUUUAUUCUCCAUGUCAGGUCAUCUCACACCACUCUGUAUAACACUCUGUCCAGGUAUUCUUUGUUGUUUAUACAUGGCUCUAAAUCUAAAUGAAUGUCUAAAAGCAUAUUUAUUUGUAUUUUAUUUAAUAGCAGGCAGGAAUGUGUAAAGAAUUGUAUUAUAUGAGCUAAACCCCAAAUCUAUUUGACUACUUGUCAUAUUUGGAUGGCUUGUUUGGAUGUUGACUUGAGUUUUAUUGGAAACUGAAGCGCUCCCCUCUUAAAGUUAGGAUUCCUGUCAUUACUCACUACUUUUUAAACCAAAGCAAAUCAUCAAGGCAUUAAAGAUCAAAUAUUUUUUAGAACUAUUUUAUUCAUUUUAUCUGUAAAAAGUAUAAACUUUAAUGAACAGUAUGGAUAGGGGCAUUACUGCUGGAUAUAAAGCAGUUGAUUGAAUAAAAAAACAUGUCAAAGUUGUGUGUUUAUUUCUUCUCUUUUACGCUGAAGAUUCUUAGUUUGUAUAGCAGACAUACACAAAACAUUAAAACCAUGAUAGUCCUCAGUGUGAUAGUGCACACCCCAACAAGUAUCUAAUCACUUCAGAUGUUUGUUGUUUCACUUUGCAGGAAAAUAAUUUGUCAAUAAAAUAUCAGUCUUAUCAAACAGCAUUGUAUGUUGAUGAGGCAUAAUUUUCUUUUAAAAUAUGAUAGAAUUACUAGAAUCAUAGUUGAGAAUGUUUUUAACAAAACUUCCAGAAAAAAAUAAAAAACAAUUUCUCUGG